AUGGUGCGCGUGGCGGUUGUCGGCUGCGCCCAUGGCCUGCUGGACGACAUCUACGCGACGAUCAACUUUGUCAAUGAGAUGGAUCCGGCGCGUCCCGUCGAGCUGCUGCUGUGCUGUGGGGACUUUGAGUGCAUGCGCAACCUGCGCGACCUCGAGACGUUGGCCUGUCCGCCCAAGUACCGCGCGCUGCACGCCUUCCACCGAUACUACACACAAGCGAAAACGGCGCCGGUGCUCACUGUCUUUGUCGGUGGCAACCACGAAGCGUCUGGGUAUCUACAGGAGCUGCUCUACGGCGGGUGGGUAGCUCCAAACAUGUUUUAUCUCGGGGCCUCCGGCGUCAUCAACGUCGCUGGACUGCGGAUCGCGGGGCUCUCGGGCAUCUACAAGCAGCAGCACUACACUGCCGGACGCUUCGAAGCGCCUCCGUUCGACCACAACACGAUGCGCAGUGUCUACCACGUCCGUGAGCUCGAGGUCUUCCAGCUUUCGCACUUGCAGCAGGUGGACAAGACGCCCGUGAACGUGUUCCUGUCGCAUGACUGGCCUCGCGGGAUCGAGCAGCACGGCAACGUGUCGCAGUUGCUGCGUCGCAAACCGUUUUUCAAGCAAGAGAUCAUGACGAAUACGCUGGGCAGUCCGGCUGGCGAGUACCUGAUGUACCAACUGCGUCCGCAGUACUGGUUUGCGGCACAUUUGCACGUCAAGUUUGCCGCCAUUGUCGUCCACCCGCGCCAAGCAAGAGGUGAGGUCGACGCAGAUGGCAGCAAAGCUGAUGAGACGACGAAGAUAGAGCCAGCCACGGCGCCUGCAUUGCCGCCAUCCGAGCCAGCCACGACCAAGUUUCUGGCGCUUGACAAGUGCCUCCCGCGUCGAGAAUUCAUGCAGAUCUUGGACCUGAUGCCGUCAGCACUACGAUCUGCACAUACGCGCGAGCUGAAGAAUGAUACCGAAGACGCAGACAUGAAGCAGGAUGCCAGUAACGCCGACGAAGGAACUGGGGCCAGUCGGACUGCUACGCGCUCGUCGCCGCCAAAAGUCAUGUUCGACUUGGAAUGGCUUGCUAUCCUGCGCGCGACACACCAUCUUGCUUCGGCCAACAAGUUUGCGCCGCGCGUGCCACAAGAGGAGAUGAAGAUCGAGGACAAGGAUAUUGCUUGGGUGAAGCAGCGCCUCGAUGACUUUGUGGCUGAAAAGAAGCUGGACAAAGUACAAGGCGAAUGGAUCACCGACUUCGUAAAGACCGCACCUGGCCACGGCGAGCUGCAAGAGGAAUCUGUACCCGUGACGGGCAAUCCUCAGACGGACCUUUUGUUGGAGCUGCUGAAGCUUCCGCAUGUUAUUACGUCGCCGUUUUCGGGCGGCGGCGCAGCUCUAGCGGCUGUCGAGGAUCCGAAUGAGAUCAGCCUGGAUGACGACGAUGACGGCGGUAACUUGGACGCGACGCCAGUGGACGUUGGAGAUAGUACCAGGCAGGACGAAGCACUCGUCGACCAAGCAGUAGUAGUGGCAGACAUUGUUGGGAUAGCAGCACGAGCGGACCCGUGCGAGAUCGACCUUGACGUGGAAUAA